CCAUCCCAACCCCGAGAGACCAAGCAUGGCAGCCGCGGUAUGGCUGCAAAGCUACGUCUCCUCUUUCUUCUUCAUCUUCGCCGCCACCUUCAUCGCCUUCUCCGGGCUUCUCCUCUUGGUGAGGUGGCGGCCGUGGUGCAACUGCUCUGUCUGCAGGGCGUACCUGAGUUCCACGUGGACCGCCGAGUUCGACAACCUCUGCGACUGGUACGCCCACCUCCUCCGCCAGUCGCCGACUGGAACUGUCCAAAUCCAUGUGCUCGGGAACACGAUCACCGCCAACCCCGACAACGUCGAGUACAUGCUCAAGACCAACUUUGACAACUUCCCCAAGGGAAAGCCCUUCUCCACCAUCCUCGGUGAUCUCCUCGGCCAUGGCAUAUUUAAUGUCGACGGAGAGGCAUGGCGGUUCCAGCGGAAGAUGGCGAGCCUUGAGCUCGGCAGCGCCUCGUUGCGUUCGUAUGCCUUCCGUAUCGUCUCCGGUGAGGUUCACCACCGGCUUCUCCCCCUUCUGGCAUUCGUGUCUGAUCCAUCAGGGGAUAACACGGUGGAGCUUCAAGACGUAUUCCGGAGGUUCGCGUUCGAUACCGUAUGCAAGAUCUCCUUCGGGCUGGAUCCAGGGUGCCUGGAGCUGUCACUCCCCAUGUCCGAGUUCGCCAUGGCCUUCGACAGGGCAUCGACGUUGUUGGCGCGGCGAGGUGCCACGAUCGCGCCAUUAGUAUGGAAGCUAAAGCGGUUCCUCAACGUGGGAUCCGAGAGAGAGCUACGGCGAUCGAUCCGGAGAGUGAAUGUGCUGGCGGACGAGGUCAUACGCCAACGCCGGGUUCUGGGCUCUGCCUCCGGCCAUGAUCUCCUCUCUCGCUUCAUGAGUUCCGUCGAGGAUGACAGAUACCUUCGAGAUAUCGUCAUCAGCUUCCUCUUAGCGGGCCGCGACACCGUGGCUUCCUCCCUCACCAGCGUCUUCUUCCUCCUCUCGCAGCAUCCCAAGGUCGUGGCCGCGAUCCGUGAUGAAGUAGCCGCUGUCACGAAAGGGAAGGACGAGAAUGACGAGGUUCCAACCUACGAGCAGCUGAAGGGCAUGCACUACGUGACCGCGGUGCUCCACGAGAGCCUGCGCCUCUACCCGCCCGUCCAGUUCGACUCCAAGUUCUGCCUCGAGGACGACGUGCUCCCCGACGGGACCAUGGUGACCAAGAACGCAAGAGUGACGUACCAUCCCUACGCCAUGGGGAGGAUGGAGCGCAUCUGGGGGUCCGACUGCUUCGACUUCAAGCCGGAGCGGUGGCUUCGGGAUGGUCUCUUCACCCCGGAGGGCCUAUUCAAGUACCCCGUGUUCCAGGCCGGCCUCAGGGUUUGCCUUGGCAAGGAGAUGGCUCUGAUGGAGAUGAAGGCUGUCAUCGUCUCGGUGGUUCCAAGGUUCGACAUCGAGGUGAUUAAUGGAGGCCGUUCCCCUCAUUUCACUCCCGGUCUCACCGCCACCAUCACCGGGGGGUUGUCGGUUCGAGUGCACCGGAGAACCGCCACCGCCUGCGAGUGAGAUAUCAUGGUGACGUUUGCAUGCCACGGUCGACACGUACGUGGGAGAAGCAAGUUCCUGCCGCUCUCUCUCGUUUCUGACAACAGAUCUAAGUCGUUCAUCAUCCAUCUUCUAGAAAAGACGACAACAUCAUCUAAAACAAGUGCCAUAAGAUCCAAGCCUUUCACAACGAUAAUUAUAGUAUCAAAUCCAUUCAAGAUUCUGCCAUAUCUACUGUCACAUAGUAUCAUCAUGCCGAUAUUGACCUUCAUGGAUUCAUAAUGAUUAGAUCUUAUAUGUA